UCGGUUGUUAGUUCAUUUCCCUCCUCGGCUGAUCCAGGCUCUGUAAGGUUCAUUUACAUUUCUUGGUUCAAAACAGUCUUAAUAAUACAGUCUUGGAGAGGUCUGAUAUGAGGAACUGCAAACAUGACUGCCCAUGAGGAGCAUCCCCCAAGAAGGAAACCCGUAACGGGAAGUUACACAUGAUGUGACAAAAAUGGCUUUUUGUGAAUGGAGACUCCCGAUCUGUUACUGAUAUGAUUUGGAGUUUCUGGGCCAAAAGCAGGAGCCAGUUGAGUCCAGAUGCUGGAUACAGGGUUUGAAAUGUUCUUGCCCAGCAAUGUCAGGUUAAAAACUCCCUUGUCCUGGUAGGAACUCCACUUGUUAGGAGCAACAGGGUGAGGGGUCGAAUGUUGGUGGAUUCCAGGGGUUGGGGAGAGACAACAGAAAUAAAGGGAUCUUUUCUUUUAGGCAAAGUCUUGAAUUUGGGGCCAAAAGCCAGCCAGAUCCAUGCCGUUGAGCUGUUCUAGCAGGGUCUGGGUUCUGCUGGUGGACUAGGAUCAGUUCUGCAGGAUCGACUUGUACAAUAGAUUUCAGAAGCCAAAAACUAGCUGGAUGUCACGUCGCUUAUGUUCUUGGACUGAACAGGGAAUAGCAAGAACUGACCCUACUAAGCCAUGAACUGUCCUGAGUGUGGCUUUCUGCUCCACACAGAAGCUUCAGAGGGAGAGGAAUCUGAGUGUGGCUGGCUUGCCGUCCGGUGGAAGUGACUCUCGCUAGGAGUGGAUCAGAGGAGCCUGUGCGUGUCAGUAGAGAGAUGGGGGAAACCGAUUCUACCGAGCAGAGUCCGCAAGGAGAGGUGAACUCCAAUUGUAAUGGGGCCCUUGAGACAGGAGAGGACACAGAAUCUGGAGAGAAUCCUCAACAAGAACAAUUAAUCGAGUUGUCAAGUAGCAAUGGAGAUGCAAGGAGAGGACAGGCCCCAGGUUCUCGAUCUCCCUUCAGGGACCCAUCCGUGCGUAUAGCCCUGAUCCGUGUCUCCGGUGUAGCUGUGUUUCUGUUCUUUGUCGUCAUUGCUUUGGUAGCAGCUCUGGCAGGGGUGCUAUCAAGGGCACCUGUGGCCUGCCCCAAUGGCUGGGUCGCGUUCCAAGGGAAAUGCUAUUAUUUCUCAGUGACUGAAGGGAACUGGACCUACAGCCGGAGCAACUGCUCUGCACUGGGCGCCUCCCUGGCUGGGAUCGACACCCAGCAGGACAUGGACUUCAUGCUGCGCUACAGAGGCCACCGUGACCACUGGCUCGGCCUCCAGAAGGACACGAACCAGCUUUGGAGAUGGGUGAAUGGCACCGAAUUCAACAGCUGGUUUCACAUCGGAGGGGGAGGGGAGUGCGUGUAUCUGAAGGAAGCAAAAGCCAUCAGCUCCUCGCGGUGCUCGAUGGAGAGACACUGGAUCUGCAGCAAACCCCACGUGUGUGUAAACGUUUAGCACGGCGCUGGGCUCGGACGUUUCUCUGGCUAAUGGACUAAACCAAAAAGCAUCUGAGCUGGGCCAGACACUUCUGCUUCAGGGCAUAAGCUCCCUGCCCUUGGGAGUAAACUGUCCCUAAUGGAUGAGUGAUCUCAUCGUCCAUUAGGUGACCUGCACUUUCCUCUGAAGCGGCUGCUACCGGCCACUUAGACAGGAGACUGGACUGGACGAACUGGGGAUUUCUGAACUAGCUGGUUCUCACUUGAGGCCACUUCCUGUGGUACGUCUGGGCACCAAGACAGGCAAAUAAGGACCAAACUCUGGGCCACCUUUCAGGGAGCGGUUUUGAUCUCCUCUUCCCAUUGAGCCACCUCCGUGCCGCGAAAUCACUGCCACAGCUGUAAUGGAGCCCCCUGCUUACCUGAGCUUCCAGUCGUAGGCCUGGUCUGUGCUACGGCGCUAGACGAGCCUGCUGCAGCCGCAGCUCAGAGAAGUGCCUGUUAGUUCAGGCAGCAGAGGCUCGAGAUCCCAGGUUUGAUCCCAGCCGCUGACAGCGUUACGCUAGGACAGAAGCAGCGUCCGAAAAUGGGCGGCAUUUCGGUGGUGACGCCUCUGGAUGACGCUGCUUGGCGGCGGCGACGCCUAUUGACAUUGCCGCUGCUUGGCGGCAUUUCGGCGGAUGCCUGUCCGUUUGGCGCCCGCCAGACAAAAAAGGUUGGGGGCCACUGCCUUAGUGUCUCUGAGCUGGGGGCCUUGGAAUGUUUUGCAGGCCGGCAAUCUCUGGUCAAGAAUGACUCGACGAUACCAUGAGUCAUACCAGCCCCUCCCCUGUUUUGGGGGGGGAGGGGGAGGGAGAUCAACUGGAAACAUAUACACUGAACUAGAGCCUAAGUUACUGGGCUCAACGCGGGAAUCACUGGGUGAGCUUCUCUGCCCUGUGUUAAGCAGGUCAGGCCAGAUGGUCAUAGCGGUCCCUUGUGACCUCAAAACCUCAGAUAUUUGGUUUUGGGAAGAACGGGAAGCGGAGAGGUGGCUUUGGAUAACCAGGCAAUUGUCGAUUUCCUACCUCUGCACCUUACUAGCUGCUGCUGAAAACUGUUCUGGUCUCGUGCUGCUGAUAAUCCUGAGACCAACCCGAAGUGCACCAAGUGGCCCAGGGGAUGGCUCUGUCAUGGGAGCGUUAUUUUUAUUGAUGCGGGAUUGAAGAGCUCGAGCGCGUCUACCAGGGCAGGCUGCACAGCGGUGAGCUUCCAGGGGAGAUUGGCAGGAAGUGGGUGACGCUGGCAUGCCAGGAGAACGAAGGCGGCCCCUUUUUGCACAGGAUUUAUAAUGGGCUGUUUCCGGACUAAUGUUGUAAGUCAGUGGUCUCCAACCUUUUUAUGCCCAAGAUCACUUUUUGAAUCUAAGGGCAACCCUGAAUGUACCCCGCUCACUCCAUCCCCCUGCUUCUGUCGCUCGCUCUCCCCCACCCUCACUUACU